AUGCCCUUGAGGAUCGAACGUCGGCUAAGAUAUCAAACCAUUCCCCUUAAUACUGAAGAAUUUGACCAAGAACAGGACGCCAAACUCCAGAUCCCACCGCAACCUCCUCCUCCGUCGGAUGGUGACCCGAUGUUGUAUGUACGGCACGCCGACGCCCGAGCCGGCGUCCACCUGGUGAAUGGCUUUCUCCAGCAGAUCGAGCCCGUGGCACCGAUGCGCAGACGCUCCUCUGGCCGCCAUAAACGGACGCGCCGGGGAAGAAUCGGACGAGCUCUGGGAGGAGGACAGAAAAUUAGCCGCCGUGAUUGA